AUGACCUCCAUGCUGGACGUUUGCUCGUUUGCGGGCUGCAACCAGCCACCUCGGUUCGGCUCGACCAAGUGCGUCACGCAUCGCAACAAGCUUCAAUGCACGUUUGAGGGCUGCAAGAAUCAAGUCUACGCACGCUACCUCUGCAUUCGACAUGGCGCGGCUGCGAUGCGCCCGUGCACCGCGGGGCCUUUUGCGUCAGUCACGGCGGUGUCGUCGUCAAGCGCUACUGCACCGAACCGGGCUGCAGUCGUCAAGCGCACGCCCGGUACAAGUGUGUACGGCACGGUGGCGGGCGCACGUGCAGGAAAAUGGCUGCGACGUGCACGCACGUGCGAGUGGCUACUGCCGGCGCCACACAACCCGACCUAG